AUGGAUGACACAACCACCACUUCGUCUAGCUCCAGCUCAGGACACACAUCUCGUGUCCAAAGGCCUCGUCACAUUCCAAUAACGAUACAGACUAUCGUUCCAGCACGUCAGAUAUCUACAACCUCACCCAACGUCUCUACCGUCCGAAUUCAGGGCUUCAACGUGGAUUCAGAUCCAGAUUAUGAGAAUUCCAAUGUACUAACCGACUCUAACAUGAACUCACCCAAUACCUACGUUAACACUGAUGUUGGCAAGGAUACCACUGAUGAACAAAACGUUAAUUUCUCCCUUCAACCAUCUAAUCGAACUCUAGUCAGUCCUGAUCAUCAGGUUCAGCUAAAAAUCGACCAAAAUGACCAACCCAAGCCAGUUCAUUCCGAGUUUGAAACCCAUCGAAUUCCGUGCGCCAUUUCGAUCCAAAUGAACCAAAAGGACGUGCCAGUAACAUUGGCGGUCGAGGAAGAGGUUCAGGAGGAUAUAUUACCCACAACCUCAACACACCUCACGUCCGUUCCGCCCCCCACAACUGACGCCGAAGCCAAAGAGAAAAAACACAACAUUUUCCGUGCUUCUUUGGACAAACUGAGAGAGAAAAGCCGAAGCCUGUCCAAAUCCGACUCCAAAGAAGGCCGUUCCAAGAUUCCGCUAGCUAAAACCAAGUCACGUGAGGACAAAAAGGUAAACUACGACUUGUUGAACCCAACGAUACCUUCAGAGGGCGGCCAAAGAUCGUCUGACACUAAUGAAAACUUGAAGUUGUUUGAAGAUGACACACGUCGCGACUCGGUCCAAACCGCUUUUAACGUAGAAGCUGAAGACGACCACAACAAAAACUUUGACGACAACAGGCAUCUUGAACUUCAACAGGCCUACCAGAAUCCACCUGUAACCAAAAGCUCUACAAAAACUCCAAAUUUUACCGUGGUAAGCCCUCAACACAACAUACGAUCAGUGUCGCCAAGGAACACCGAGGUAAAGCUGAAUCCUUUAACUUCUAUCGCUUUCCGUCAGAACCCGCCAAUUACCGUAAGCAACGGCGAAGAUACGGACGUGACCAUUAGUGUCCACGAAAACUGUUCCGAAACGGCUGAAAUUUCGACCAGAAUUGUGAUGGAUAAGGAUCACAACAUCCGGUCCGCGUCCGACAUCGAAAUCGAAGUUAAACGGGAAAUUACGACCGAUUUUGGACCUUCGACUACUGCGCACCUGAAGGCACCGAACAGUCGAGAAAACUUGGCUUCUGGGGAAAAUGUGAAGGAAAAGAAGCAGAAGCCAAAGCUGAUAAGGCUUGAUCUCAACAAAAGUAAUCCGAUUCAUUAUCAAGAUAGUGAUGAGAUUAUUCAUGAAUCUCCAAAGUACGUCGUAGCUCAACCUGAAGACUUUGACUUCGCUUUAAAACGUCAUAAGUCAGCAUCGCCUAAAGCAACAAAUGAAGAUGAAGAACCGAAAGAAGAUGUUAUGAUUUUGAGAAACAAAACCACUGAUGACAUAAUUGUACUAAGGCGAACUGAUGGAGGUAACUACGAUACGGUUAGUUUGGCCUCUAACGACCAGUUAGUGUUACGAGGUAAUGACGAUGAAGAGGUUAUGGUACUAAGGAAGGAAAAAAGAGCUGAACCCCCUCUAGAAAUAAUUGUAGAAGAAACGCCUAAACGAACGAAAUCAGCUAGUCCAGCCAGAGAUUUCAAAACUUCGAUCAAAAGGCUGGUGUCAAGAUCUAUGAGUCCACAUAAACAUAUCGAAGUUGUGAAUGAAGACCUAAAACACGAAGAAACGACUAGUCCAUCGUCUACUUUAGUAUUGGAUAAUAAGAAUCAAACAAUUAAUGUUCAAGAUGAAAAGGCAAACAAAGAAGAUGAACAACACCAAGAUAAGCCUUCUUCAACAAAGGUAUCGCCAAAAACUACUGAAAACAAAACUCCAGAACCAACAACUCCUACUGAGGCUAUUGGUAAGCUACAAACAAUUCAAACUUUAUUCCAAGAACCAGCUAGUCCAACGGCAAGGUCGGUUCACAGUACUCCGCCACGGUCGCCAAGUCCAAAAAAAAGUCCAGAAAAAAUUAUUUUUCCAGGACCUAAAGAGAACUAUGGAUUCAGUAGAAAUGUCUACGAAGGUCCUUUGGAUCCAUUGACAGUAUCUAAAGAGUUCUCAAAAGAUGACGAUUUCUUCAAAAGUACUACUGUAUCAUUAGCAAAAACUUCAGAAGUCCAAGAAGAAAACUUUAUUCGUAAGAACCGAAGUGUACUUAGGUUUGACAGCAUAGACAAAGGUGAUAAGGGCAUGAAGACAGUAGAUGUUAACGUUUAUGAAGAUGAAAAUGAACUUGUGAUUGAACGAAAGAUCGAAAUUGAAAAGGAAAUACCUGAGGGCAUAGAAGUGAACAAACACAAGUUGGUUCUAGAAGUUCAUAAAGAAAGCUUGGACUUCGAAACAAAACCAAAGAUAGACCCGGCAGAAGAAAGAUACGACGAUCUUGACAAGGUAUCCGAAAUGUCGUAUCAGCCUGACCCCAAUGUUGAGAUUCGCUUAUCACCAAUGAAAGAAGCGUCAGUAGAACCUGGAAAAACCUUUAUGGAUAUGUCAAUUAGAGUAGAGUCUCCGCCACCAGUACCUGAGGAAGAAAUAUCAGUAGACAUAAAUGAGGAAAAAGUUGGACAAAAUGGUACAGCAGAAGUCAGAGUUUACCGUGAACGUUUUUCAGAAGCUCCGAUAUUACCUAUAACUGAUAGUGCUUCAUUUGCACCAGAUGUGACAAAGCAAAGUGGAGAUAGACCGUCAGGCAGUGAUAGGGUAGAAAAUGAAGAUGCAAAGGCCAGUAAGGCAGAAGAUAAGAACUUUGAAUCAAAGAACGAAGCACCGCCUUUCCCAGUCAACACAAUUGAGCGGCCGAAGUCAAUUGAAAUCCAAAAACACGAAGAAAUACCUCUUCAAGGUGGCAAAGUCCCAAUUGAACAGCACGCUGAUGUCCCGCUACAACCAGUAAAAGUUACAGUAGACGAUGAUAAGAAGGGUAAAAGACGGCCGUUAAUCUCGCCAGUAUCUCCAGAAGAGCGAGAGAUUUUAAGAAACCACAAGAACAAUAUCAUAUCACCACGGCCGAAAGCAAUAGCAGAGGACAUUUUACAAAAUAUUGAUCAGCCAGAACAAUAUCAGAGAGAAGUGAAAACAGAAAAACAUACUAUAGUCUACAGUAGAAGCCCAAAGUUGGAUGAAGACCUAAAGCAUGAAGAGCAGAGGCUGGAUUCUUUAUCCGACGAGGUAAUGCGACAAGCACUUGAGCUUAACAUGUUGGAUGCUACAACUCCACGUCAGAAUGAGUGGAAAGAGUCUAGUGUUCCCAGAAACCGUAACAGUGCUUUUGAGUCUAGUACUAACUCAGCUGACGUUGUGUACUCUCCAAAGAUAGUUAACAUUACACAAAUUGAAGAAAACUCCAACAACCAGAAGAUAAAAGGCUUCAGCAAACAAGCCAGCUUCAAUGAAGAGGUUAAUGUGCCACUAGCUAUGCACGAUGAGGACGAUGAUCUUUACAAUGAAAUGAAAAAAGAUCAGGACAAGUUUGAAGCGGCCAAAGAACAAAGGAAAGCCUACAGUAAUCAAGACGAGAACAACGUAAUCAAUGACAAGGAAAGUAACUACAGUAGCAUAAAAAGAAAGGCUGAGUUACGACAAGUACCACUAAACAUAUCAAGCCCAGGAGAAGGUAAAGAAAAUGGAUAUCCACAUGAGAUUAACGGAACGUAUCGACCGAAUAGUGAAGCCAGUAGCCGGCCACGCAGGAGGCCUCAGUCUCCGAUUCUGGCACCAGCACCACGAAUUGGAGCUCAGAGUCCGGCACCAAGUCAUACUAGCGACUUUAGUUUUUCACCUCGGACUUUGACUAGGAUCAACAACUUUAACAUCGUAAUGGAGAGUAUUCAUGAUAACGACGAUUACAAGGACACGGCUACAGGUGCAAUUUUGGACAUUUUGUUAUAAAAGAAAAAAUUUUGUAUUUGAUAACAAUUUAAAUUAUUUUGUCAGUUUUAAUUUUUUGGCAGGGGUAAUUUUUGUUGAGGAGGGGGGGAAGAGGGUCAAAAUUUUUUAAAAAAUUUUUUCAAAAGCAAUUUUCAAUAAUAACAUCAACUUUUAAAAAAAUUUUUUAGGAUUUUAGGGGUGUACUUUUUUAGUACCCCCCCCUUCCAAAACGUAGGGCUAGAUGAAGGCCAGUUUAACGUAAAUCGAUGACAAAAAGUGAUUACAUUACCGCGCGAGAUUUUUAUAGCGGUAAUUUUAAUAAAACUGCGCAAAGGUGUGGUGAAUCACACAUCCGAAAUCCGAUUUCAAAGGCAAGCAAACCGAAUUCCGAUCGGUUUUAGAGGAAAAAGAAAAAACCCGAAGGCAAGAUGGUGUAGUUGCACCGCGCUUUUACUACCUACAUAGGGUAUUUGCGAGAGAAAGGGCGCCUUAAUUGAUUUAAACCAUCGCUACUCUUUUAUUUUUUUAAUUAAUUUGUAUUGGCUAGCUGAAGAGUUUGCUUUUCUACCUAUUUUAAUAUAGAACGCUACUGCUUAUUUUUGAAUUUUAAAUUUUAAAAUUGUUUUUGAAAAGGUAUUACAAGAUGCGCCAAAAGUUCUGUUACGCGGUUUUGUAAUUGUAAAAGACGCCAGUAAAAAAUCUUAAAUUCUUGACUUUGUCGCCAACCAAUUAGGCUAUUUUCAAGAAAUAAAAUUGCCAUUUGGCUAUUUUGAAAAGAAUUCGAAAAAAAGGCCAAUUGAACAAAUGAGCUAAAACCACUCAUCUCUACCUUUUAUUUAUUAGUACGGGCUAAAAAGAUAUUCGUACUGACCAGUCUAAGAAAUAUAAUACCUCACAAUGAAUGAUCAGAUAGAACGUAAUAAAGAACUGCUGGAAAAGUGCCAGAACUUGCCAGCAACUGCGCGAUUUCUUGUAAAGUUGCCAAAAAGUAAAGCUUUAGCAUUAUGAUUUAAAAUAAAAAAAAUUAAAAUUUAAACUUUUUUUUUUUAAAAUUAAGUUUUAGUAGACCAUUAAAUAAUUUAUUAGUAAGUUAGCCAGUAAAAAUUUAUUUCAAAAUAACAUUUUAAUAAAGGUUUUCUUUAGAUAAUGGAGAAGUCAUAACACAUCACCCUGUCUUCAUGCGAGAUACCUCAAAGUAUUGGUACAAACCGGGUAUAACAAGAGAAGAAGGUACGUUUUUAAAAAUGAACAGCAUUUCAUAAAUAAAAUUUUAAAACUUUAAUUUUUUUAAAAUUUUUUAAAACUAUAUUUCAAAAUUUUUAAUUUAUUUAAUUUAAAAUUUUCCUACUUUCAGCCAUUAACAUGCUAAAAGACAAAGAGCCAGGUACCUUCGUAGUACGAGACUCAAACUCCUUCCCCGGUGCUUUUGGCCUAGCCUUAAAAGUGGCACAACCUCCAGCUGGCGUUGAACGUGCUGAUGGUACUGAACUGGUACGCCACUUCCUAAUAGAGCCUUCGGCCAAAGGUGUUAAGCUGAAAGGAUGUAAUAAUGAACCAGUCUUUGGAACGCUGGCCGCUCUUAUCUACCAACAUUCAAUCACAGCAUUGGCACUACCCGAAAAACUGAUACUGCCAGAGUACGAUCCGGCACAGAGUGCAGAGCAUGUGAAUGCUAAUCAAGCUUUGUUGGAAAGAGGAGCUGGUAUGUUAUGUUCUUUAUUGUUAUUAGUCUAGUAUGAUGUCAUGGAUACGAUAAAAAUUAUAUACUAUACUAAGGCGACAAAUAUUAAAAAUUUUUUUUCAGUUUCAAAAAAUUUAAUUAAAAGUUUCAGCCUGCAACGUGACCUAUAUCUGUUCCCUCGACACCGAAUCUCUAACCGGGCCUGAAGCUGUACGACGUGCCACUAACUUUGGAAUUGACCUCCUGGCACGCCGACAACUCUGUGCCGUUCCAGUUCACUUCAAAGUGUCGGCCCAAGGCAUCACUUUAACCGACAACACUCGAACCCUAUUCUUCCGACGCCAUUACCCAGUAAACUCGGUUACAUUCGCUGGAAUCGACCCUGACAGUCGGACGUUCGACAACAACAACACACAGCAACUCCCCACAACUUAUGUGCGACAAGCUCCAGUUUUUGGCUUUGUAGCUAGAAAGGCUCCAAAUUCGGUCGAAAAUACUUGUCACAUCUUUGCUGAGCUGGAUCCGGAACAACCAGCUUCGGCCGUGGUUAGGUUUAUCACCAACGUCAUGAUGGUACAAGCCAGAGCACAACAAGCUGCUAUAUCACGAGCUAUUUAA